UUAAUUUAAUUUUUUAAUUUAUAGUCAUUUUUUUUCAACAUUCUAUUCUUUUCGGUAAAAUGCAAUUGUCUCUUAUGGCUUUAAAAAAACCGUUUCGUUUUAUUAUUUCUUUAUUCUAAAAUAUUUUAUAUUUUUCUGCUCAAGGAGCAGAUGCUUCAAGAUGAGGUAUUCUGGGGACUAAUCUACCAAGUCGGAGGGCAAGUCCACAGAAUCUAUGGUGGAGGCAGAGCACCUGAUGUCAUCUGGUGGAGAUUCCCUGAUCGCCACACCGCCUCGAUAUGUCUGAUUGGUCCAAUUCCAGGAGGACGGAGGUGUCUUUGAGCAGAGAUUCGUCCAGUUGGGUGGCCUCCUCCAGGAUAACGGCCAUCACACCGAAGGGCGCCGAAAAUACAGGCGCUGAGCUGGCGGAAGGGAGCUGCCAAGGUGUGCAGCUGCAUCCUGGCCAGGGAGGGACUCGUCCACCUCUAUACCAAGCGCUGCAGCUGGAGGAGCAGGCGCAGCUGGCCAUGCCAGUGGUUGGCAUCGAAAUUAAGGGUUUUCUGGAGCUGCUUGGGGAGGAAAGUUUAAAUUUCUUGCAGGCCCUUCAGUUCCACCACAAUGCCCCUGAACUCGGCCAGAGCUUGCUCCUGGCUGACAAAGUUGGCCACCAUCAGGGCGGCUCUUUCGCGGGUCUUCAGGUCAUGGAAGCGGCAGAUCUUUAGCGGGAAAGGAACA